GUUGAAGGAGAAUUACUUCCGGGUCUGCCCUUACUUGUUAUGGCUGACUGAACAGUCACUGAACUCAACACAAUCUCCAAAAUGGCGCCUGCGCCGCCGGUAGGCCAGAGGUGAGUCACGUGGGCCCUCCGGUUCCGCCGUGACCGAGGCCCCGGUGUUAAUCGUCUCCGGCACCAUGUCUCGUUUGUCUGGCCUACAAGUCCAGCGUGGCCCUUGCCAGUUAGCAUUGCUGCUUUUACCUCUCCUGCUCGGCCCCAGUUCGGUUCUCGCCAUCUCCUUCCAUCUGCCCAUCAACUCUCGCAAGUGCCUCCGCGAGGAGAUCCACAAGGACCUGCUGGUGACGGGCGCGUACGAGAUCACCGACCAGUCUGGGGGCGCUGGCGGCCUGCGCACCCACCUCAAGAUCACAGAUUCUGCUGGCCAUAUUCUGUACUCCAAGGAGGAUGCAACCAAGGGGGCAUUUGCCUUUACCACUGAAGAUUAUGACAUGUUUGAAGUGUGUUUUGAGAGCAAGGGAACAGGGCGGUUACCUGACCAACUCGUGAUCCUAGACAUGAAGCAUGGAGUGGAGGCGAAAAAUUAUGAAGAGAUUGCAAAAGUUGAGAAGCUCAAACCUUUAGAGGUAGAGCUACGACGCCUAGAAGAUCUGUCAGAAUCUAUCGUUAAUGAUUUUGCCUACAUGAAGAAGCGAGAGGAGGAGAUGCGCGAUACCAAUGAAUCAACAAACACUCGGGUCCUAUACUUCAGCAUCUUUUCAAUGUUCUGUCUCAUUGGACUAGCCACUUGGCAGGUCUUCUACCUUCGCCGCUUCUUCAAGGCCAAGAAGUUGAUUGAGUAAUAAGGCCUACUCUCCUCCCACCUUGUAUCUCAGCCAGCAGAACAUCACUGGGACGUGCCUGGCCUAAGGCAUCCUAUCAGCAGCACCAUAAAGGCACGUUGGAACUUCUUGCCAGAACUGAUGUCUCUUGGUGUGGGAGGACAUGGGUUACCACCUACACCCAACAAGUCAUUGAGGGACUUCUUUUUAACUUGAUAGGAUUUGGACUGGUUUUGCAACAAUAGGACUUUGGAGUCACCUGUGACAAAAAAUAGGGGUUACCUAGAUAAUGCCAAAGCCAGCAUUUGUACUGGGUUUCCUCAUGUGAUCUGUUUAAACCAUGUUUUCUUUCCUUCUCCCACUUGCUCACCAGCUCGGGCUUCCACUCUAGUUCCUUUACCAAGAUUUGAAUGACCAUGUGAAACUUGUUUUAUUCUCAUUGUCCUCUUUGGAUUUCUGUGUGAAAACACCCUUAACUUUAUCUUAACCAUUAGCUGAAAUGUUUAGGUAGCUUCUGGAGGUAUCCUUUCUUAAUUUUAUGUCUCAUAAAAGGGUGAUGGAUGUGACACCUCAUAGAAAUGAGCUUUGAACUAUAGAUAACUCUUUUUAAAAUUUUUCAUUUUAGAGAAUUAAAACAUUUGUGCUCAACUGCU